GGUAUAAAUACCUACAUACACUACUUGCUGUAUCUUUAGCUUUAACCAGAAUCAGUCGAUCUAGGUACCUUUGCUUGCCUGUCAAUAUGUUCCGGCAAUUGGGACUUGUUUGUUUUGUUGUUUUCAUGACUUGUUUCAUCGCGGCGGCAAGUCCUGUAGAUAAUGGUGAAGCGACUGUCCAUCACGAGCCGAUCGUGGGUCGUGCACCAAAAAUCUAUAAAGACUUUGCCGAUAUCAAAGAAAGCCUUCUUUCGAGUAACCAGACCUGUGACCCCAAGUGGACCAAGCUCAACCCAAACCACACCAUGUGUCUCACGGACGUGGGUGUCGCGGUGCCGCUGGACGCCGCCACCAAGGCCGCUCUGGUGCAGCAACACAACGACCUGCGCAGCCAAGUCGUGCCGCUCGCGGCGAACAUGCCGAAACUGAUAUGGGACAAAGACCUCGCCCUUGGGGCCGAGAAAUGGGCCCUGCAGUGUGUCGUUGGACACAACCCUGAUACUGCACGUCUUGUCCCCUCUCUUCCCGGAGUCAUCAUAGGACAGAACGCUGCCUAUGGAUACUCCACAUUUGCUGAAGGAGUUCAGGCGUGGUUUGAUGAGCGCAAUGAUUUCCUUUACGGCAAAGGCUCUACUGGAGGUGUAAUAGGGCACUACACACAGGUCGUUGGAGCUAGAGCACAGCGGGUUGGCUGCGGGCAAGCAAACUGUGUGGGAACAAAGUAUGAGAGAUACUACUUCUGCAACUAUGCCGUUGGACAACUGAUAAAAGAUUUCUCAAAACCAUAUAAAAGCUCCAAUGUAAGCUGCUCGGAUUGUCCAACCAAGUGUGACGCCAGUGGAAAGCUGUGUGACUGUAAGGGCAAACUGUGUCUCAACGGAGGUACUUUCAACAUAGCGAAGUGCUCCUGUGCCUGCCCCUCGCUCUACACUGGUGACAUCUGCCAGACGCUAGCCUGCCCGAAAAGUGAACCGUCGUACUGUUACACUCAAUGGCCACCAGCCUACUGUGAACAGUACUCCAACGUGCCCCAGAAGUGCCCCUACAUGUGUGGCAUCUGUACUAGAAGUAGUUAGUGAGCGUUCCUCACAAGCUGGACAACUGAAUGGCUAAGGACCCGUCAUCGUGAUUCAGUCUGAUGGAGCACUCACUUUUAAUGAUGUUGAACUCUUUCAAAGUCAUUAAAGAUUUAUCU